AUGAGGCCAUAGACUGGCAGGCAAAGCAGCAGGGAAACUCGCCUUUGGGAUAGAUGCCGGCCACAGCACUAAUACUACCCCGCUUUAGGUUUACUGAAGGAAUACAGCUUUUUUUCUCACUACUCCUGACUGCUACCCACCCACUAUUUUCACUAACCAUGAGUGAUUGGAAAAGGAGAGCUGAACGGGUUGUCCUACCCUCCCAGAGGCUGUAUUGAUUUUCCUCCAGUCAGUGUUCAUUUGAUUGAGACCCAGCUAUGUGAGAGUAACGUGAAAGAGAGAGUGCCUGUGCUAGAGAGAGUAUUGAGCUCUGUUAACUGAAGGAGGCUGCAGACACCCAGAAAAGAGCAGGAGGGGGGUAGGCAGUUCUCCAGUUUCAGACCAGCUGCCUUAUGGGUGGCACACCACAAACCUGACCCACCUGGAUAGCACCCAGAACAAUGAACCAGUCUGAACUGACAACGGACCCUGUGCUCAUUGCCAACACCAGCCAUGGAGACUUCUUUCCCGACAGGGCCUCCAACCACUCCUGUCCCUUGGGCUGGGGGCUGAAUGAAGGCCUAGAGGCUUGCGUUCUGGAGACUGCUGUCAUUGUGCUUCUGACAGUGCUCAUUAUUGCAGGGAACCUAACGGUGAUCUUUGUGUUCCACUGUGCGCCUCUGCUACACCACUACACCACCAGCUACUUCAUCCAGACCAUGGCCUACGCUGAUCUACUGGUGGGUCUUAGCUGCCUGGUGCCCACCCUGUCUCUGCUCCACUACCCAGCUGGUGUCCAGGAGCCCAUCACAUGCCAGGUCUUCAGCUAUGUCAUUUCUGUUCUCAAGAGUGUUUCAAUGGCCUGUUUGGCCUGUAUCAGUGUGGACCGCUACCUGGCCAUAACUAAACCACUAUCUUACAACCAACUGGUGACGCCAUGCCGGCUACGGGGCUGCAUCACACUCAUCUGGGUCUACUCUAGCCUGGUCUUCUUGCCCUCCUUCUUUGGAUGGGGUAAGCCAGGCUAUCAUGGGGACAUUUUUGAGUGGUGCGCUCACUCUUGGCCCACUUCUGCCCUCUUUACAGGCUUUGUGGUGUGCUUGCUCUAUGCACCUGCUGCACUUGUGGUCUGUUUUACCUAUUAUCAUAUUUUUCGCAUUUGCCAGCAGCACAACAGGGAGAUCAGUGAACGGAGGGCACGUUUUCCCAGUCAGGAGAUGGAGGCUGGUGAGGGUGGUGGCAGUGGACAUCAUGGAGGGCAUGGACCAGAUCGUCGCUAUGCGAUGGUGCUCUUUCGCAUCACCAGUGUUUUCUAUAUGCUGUGGCUGCCCUACAUCAUCUACUUCCUGCUAGAGAGCUCCCAUGUGCUAGAUAGCCCUGCCCUCUCCUUCAUCACCACCUGGCUGGCCAUCAGCAACAGCUUUUGCAACUGUGUGAUCUACAGCCUGUCCAAUAGUGUGUUCCGCCUGGGCAUGCGAAGGCUCUCGCAGACAAUUUGCUCCUUCAGCCACUGUGCGGCUGAUGACAGGGACUUUGGGGAGCCUAAACCAAGGAAGAGAGCAAACUCAUGCUCCAUCUGAAAGGAUGACUU